AGGAGGCGGAGGCGGGCAGGUGGGCGCAGUGCUUGGCGCUCACGUCCAGCCAGCUCGCCCUCCCCUUGCCUGCCUACCCUCGGCUUGCCCCGCGUGGCGGCUCCCUGCUCGGCUCCCGCUGUUGCUUGGGCUGCUGCUGCAAUGCAUCAACUUUCGCUGCGCCCUCCCCCUCCGACUGGCGCACGCUUUGAUUCAUUCCCAGCCGCCCUCUCCGACAGCAGCAGCAAGAGCAGCAGCAGCAGCAGCGCCAGCAAGCCCAAGCCUUCCGCCGCCAGCGCCGGCUUUGCCGCAGCGGUGCGCGCCGCCGGGGAAGGCUAGGCAAGGCGAGAGCGGGCAAAUCGCCGCGUCGCAGCCCCCAGUUGAAGGAAGGAAGGAAGGCGGGAAGGAGAGAGAGAGAAGGAAGGAAGGAGGGAGGGUCAUCCGGGCAGCGUCUCACCCCACACCCUGAUCCUUCCCAUCCCUCUGCAGUCUUGUCUCCAAAAUCGAUUCCUCCUCGCUUCGAUCCAGCCCUACCGGCGACAGGAAGCGGUUAAAAAGAUCUGACCUCUCCCCGUCCCAAGUACAGCCCGCGAAGGGGCUUCCGAGGCGCCGCGCACCGGCCAUGGAUCCGGCCCUGCUGCGUCCCGCACCUGCUCGUGGGGGCGGGUAGCUCCUCCUUGCGCGCGCCGAAGACGCUUUGCCAAUCGGGCUGCGCUGCCUGGUUAGAUCGGGGUGUGUGUAUGUGCAUGCCCGUGUUUUCGCAGAGAAAAAGAGACAGGAUGCCCAUUCGGAAGGCACUCCGGAUUUAAAGGUGACUCGCGGAGCCUUGCCGCCAGCGGACCCGGAGCAAGGCCGUGAGCGCCUGGAGCCUGGUCGGCGCACCUCGGAGUGAGGAGGACGCGGCUCCUGGGACCGGGAAACAAGCAAACAAAUAAUUUUUUGGGAAAGAAAAUUGGCAGGAAAUUCAAAGCUCCAGACGCGGGAGCUGCGGCAGGACAAGCCACCCCGGCUCGCCUCGCCCUGGCUUGGUGAGGAGGAGAAAAGACCCCCGCGCGCUCUCCGGGCCCAUCCCAACUUUUAUGGAUCCUCCCGCCGCCCGCCUCUUCUGCAUCUCCUCGGGCUCUCGGUCCCCGGCUUCGUCCCGUCGCAGCGCCGCGGCGCAAGGGGCAGCCGUCGGGGCAACUAGCGGCGCAGCGCCCCCUGCCUCCGCCGCCCUCUUUGGGGCCGAGCGGGAUCAAGUGGCCGAGGCCGAGUCAGCUGCAUCCGGCUCCGGCAUUCCAAGGCGCUCUUGGGUUUUCUCCUGCGGGCGCUGAGCUCAGCCCCGGGCUAUAAAUACCCUCCCUGGAAGACUCUCCCCCAGGAUCGUCUGUCUGUUGACCGCAGGAGGUUGCUGGGAAGGGCGGGGGGAGCCCGGCGCUGUGUCUGUCCCCCCUAGGCCAAGAAGGGCGCGCACCCUGGAUCCGAAGCCCCCGGGAUGGCUACCCCGCGCCCCAUCUCGCUCCUGCUGUGCUUGGCCCUGGUGACGUUGUGCCAGGGUGGCUGCGUGGAGGUGGACUCGUACACCGAGGCUGUGGCCGGCAACAGCUUCCAGAUCUUGUGCAUCUCCUGCAAGAAGCGCAGUGAGACGGAGGCGGAGGCCUUCACCGAGUGGUUCUUCAAGCAGAAGGGGGAGGAAGAAUACGUCAAGAUCCUUCGCUAUGACCCAGAUGAGAGGCUCAACGUGAUGGAUCCUCGCUUUGAGGGCCUGGUUCAUUGGAAUGGGACCAAGAACAUCCGGGACUUGCAGGAUCUCUCCAUCUUCAUUCUUAAUGUGACCUUUGACCAUAUGGGUGAAUACGUCUGCACUGUCAACCGCACACUCUUUUUCGCGGCGGAGUUCACACACAACAUCAUGGUCAACAAGACCAUCCAUGUUACGGUGGUAGAGAAACAAAACCGGGAAAUGGCAUCCAUCGUUUCCGAGAUCAUGAUGUACGUUCUCAUCGUCGUCCUGACCAUCUGGCUGGUGGCUGAGAUGGUCUACUGCUACAAGAAGAUCGCCGCGGCGACGGAGGCAGCUGCUCAAGAGAAUGCCUCUGAGUACUUGGCCAUCACGUCGGAAAGUAAGGAAAACUGUACAGGGGUGCAGGUAGCUGAAUAGCCCACGUAGGGCUGUUGGCGGGCACAGGAAUUCCUGGCUGGCAGGGACGAGGAGGACGAUGGCGGAGAGGGAAAGUGACUCAGCAGAGGCAUCAGCAGCCCCUGAGAAGAUUUGAGCUGGAGCCAAGCAGCCGCUCCCCCACCCCGCUGCACGGCCUCCCCUCCCCCACCUCCCCCUUUAACCAAGCAUGCUAUUUUUUAAUAAUAAUAAAAAGAGAGAGCUCUGUAUCUGGCCCGGCUACCCAGGGACAGACGACGUGUGUUUCUGAAGGGAGAAAGGGGGAGGGGGCGGCUCGUUCCGGCAGGCACCUUGCUGUUUUUUUCCAAGGACACAUCCUUUUCGCCUUCUGUCGAGCAAAGGGUCGCCUCUGCCGCGAUGCAUGAGGAGAAAGCGGUAUGGCUGCUCGCAAACACACACAAAGCUUGGGGCCCCUUUGCUGCUGUGGCCCCCCGUUGCGCCGCCCGAGGCCUCUUUUCUUUAAGAGCAAUUGCACUUGCGCUUUCUGGUUUUUUGCACAUUUAUUGCGCUUCCCCCUCGCCGCCCCCCUCCCGUUACUUCGCUACCAGCACUUUCUAUGGGUCUGAGGAGAGGAGGCCCCUGCGGUUUGCAAUUGCCUGGCUCCCCGACAUUCCCCCUCCUUUCAUUGUCAUGUUGUUAGGCCUCUGCCUUGAUCUCUCUGCUCCCAGGGCAGCCACAUCCGGCAAGGAACUGGAGGGGAGAAAGGUAUUCAAGAUGGCCGCUACACAAGGCCUGACCCUUAGAGAGGACCUUAAGAUGGGGGCGCUAAUCUAGGAAUACCUUUGAGGGGUGAAUAUCUGAUAUAUAUCUGGAUAUAUGAACUGUGACAAUACAGAGGCCUGCCCUGGCUGGAUCCCGCCAUUUUAUUGUCUUGACAGGAUUUCCCUCAAGGGUGUCCCCCUGACCGAAGGUUUUGCUCAAGGGAUCUUGCAAAAGGAAGAGCAGAAAUUCAAUUGGUGCAGGGGGCCUGGAUCCAGACGUUGCUCCUUUGGCUGUGUGUCCCCAAACUUUGUUACUGUUCUGCCCCUCCUGGCGUCUUGUCAAAUUCGCUUCCCGAUCUUCGCCCCUGGCGCAUAUCAGUUCCUCCCACGAUGCCUUCAUGCCUUUCCCCCUCCUCACGUUUCCAUUUCCUACAUCCAUCGCCACCCAGUCAGGCCAUUUUGGCUCAUCGGGGAAUACUGUGCCCUCCCCUCUCCUCAGACCCCGGGGCUGGUCCCAGGGACCAGCUGCCCACCAUCACAAUAAUAGAAUAGAGUUUGUUCAUAAAUAAAUAAUAAAAAAUAUUGGAUUUCACCA